CGUAUAAAAGUUGCCUUCGUGAUCGCCGGCAACUAUUCCGAUCGGCGACGGCUGCUCGCGACCGGACUUGCCUCAUUUCAUUGGCGAAUCGGCCGAGUUAUCGGCGUUGUCACCGACACAGCUCGUCGCGACUCGAUCGGCGCCGAUUGAUCUCUUCGCGAGCUCCUCUCCGCCGAAAACUUACACAGUGAACACCGCGUGGGAUUUCAGGGAUCCUCGGGUUUCCGUUGCAGUUUUCGCGUUUUUUCACAAAGAUGCACACCUGUCAGAGCAAAGUACCCGAAAACGAGGAGUUCAUUCAGUCACAAAAAGAGGAGAACGGCAAUGUGGAACGCAAGUUGACCAGAUACAGCGAUGGCUCAGUACGGCUACGAAAUCCUAACAUCGAACUAAUGGAUCAGGACAUAUUGUACCAUCUCGCGCUCGGCAGCGGCUCUCACGACCUCGUCGAGAUGUUCGGCGACGUGAAGUUCGUCUGCAUGGGUGGAACGCCGAAACGGAUGGAGCAGUUCGCGAAUUACAUCAUGAAGGAGAUAGGUCACAAACUGCCGGCCGGAACGACUCUCCUCGACAUCAGCCAGUACUCUUACCGCUACUCGAUGUACAAAGUUGGCCCGGUACUUUCGAUCAGCCACGGAAUGGGCAUACCUUCAGUCGGGAUCCUGCUGCACGAGGUGAUCAAGCUGAUGUAUCACGCGAAGGUGAAAGACCCGGUCUUCUUCAGGAUCGGCACUUGCGGCGGUGUCGGCUACGAAGGUGGCACGGUGGUGAUCACGCAGGAAGCCGUGGACGGGAUGCUGAAACCUUACUUGGAAUUGUUGGUGCUGGGGAAGCUGAUGCGCCGACCGGCCAAGCUCGACCGGCAGCUCGCUCGUGAUCUCAAGGCUCUGGCGCAUCGCGACGAUCCCUACGACACCGUGAUCGGCAAGACCAUGUGCACGAACGACUUCUACGAGGAACAGGGCCGACUGGACGGCGCGUUCUGCGAGUUCACGGAAAACGACAAGAUGGAAUAUCUCACGAAGAUGCACAAGGCCGGCGUGGUGAACAUCGAGAUGGAAAGCCUUUGUUUCGCCGCGUUGACACACCACGCCGGCAUCCAGUCCGCCGUCGUGUGCGUGACAUUAUUGGACCGACUCAAAGGCGACCAGGUCAUGGCGCCCAAGGAAGUGUUGGACGAGUGGCAGAUGCGACCGCAGCAACUGAUCGCCCGUUACAUCACCACGUACCUGCAGAGGAAGGGUCGCCUGUCGUUGGAGGGCCACGGCUCUAUGUGCGUGAAGAGCCCGCGUCGGUACAAGCUGGUGCAGCAGGAGUCCGAGAACUACGACUAAGGCGCUGUCGACGAGAGCGACUCGCUUUAUGCCGGAGAACGAGGACGGACCUAAUCGGAGAAGUCUCACCUCGAGCCGGCUUUCAAGAAGGUCGGCGGCAACUCUGCUCGAUUGCCGCGUCGACCUGCAUUCGCUCACUGAUCCCCGAGCGAGGAAAAGUGGCGGUUCAAGGGCGAGCUUGAAUAGAAUCGGGAAAAAAAGGAUACUUUCUUUUCUUUUUCUAACCACUGGGCACACAUUCGAGCAAAUUGUCACGUUGUAUCAUGCGUAAUAAUAAUAAUAAUGGAAGAUCU